AUGGCGCCUGACAAGAAAGAUGUUGAAGACACACCGCCCGUCGAGAAAACUGCCACCGGCAUCUCCCACUCCAAGGGAGAAGUCGAGAUGAUUAGCGAAAACGUAAUUGAUAUGCGAGGUAUCGAUUCCGGCGUCAGCGAAGUCUAUCGACGAAAGGUCGCUGUUAUGAACCAAGCUUUGGUAGACAUCAGCAUGGGCAGCUUCCAAUGGAAGGUAUUUGCCAUGACUGGAUUCGGAUGGUUUGUGGAUAAUUUCUGGAUGCAGGCGAUCACUAUCAUCAGUCCCCCCGUUCGAAACGAAUUCCACGUAAAGCGCAUUGCUUUUCUUACCCUCGCCAAAUAUGCCGGUCUCGUCGUUGGUUCCUCCGUCUGGCCCAUGACAGCCGACAUCAUCGGCCGCCGCUUGGCUUUCAACAUCACCCUGCUUAUUUCCUCAGUCAGCGGCUUGAUCGGGGCUGGAAGUCCCAACUUCGUAGCCCUUGCUAUCUUCACUGCCUUCAUUGGCAUAGGUACCGGCGGCAACCAACCCGUCGAUAGCGCUAUCUUUCUGGAGUACAUCCCUGCUACUCACCAGUACCUCCUUACAAUGCAAUCUGCUUUCUGGUCAGUUGGUCAGGCAGUAGCAGCUUUGGUUUCCUGGCCGCUCAUCGCCAAUUACUCAUGCGAUCCAAAGUCCGAGGCUGGCUGCACAUACAGCAACAACUUGGGCUGGCGCUACACCUACUGGACUUUCGGUGGUAUUACUCUCACCAUGUUCCUUCUUCGACUCUUCUUUCGAGUAUACGAGACUCCCAAGUUCCUUCUCAGCAGGGGUCUAGAUCAGCAGGCUGUUGAUACUAUUCAGAAGAUUGCCGCCAGAGAUGGGAAGACCUCGUGGCUCACUGUGUCCCGCUUCGAGUCUAUUGACGCUGAACUGAAUGCUACCCGCACGGAGACUACUGCGCCAGACAAUACCAACAAGGACAUCAUCAAGAGAAGUUUGCACAAGCUUUCACUUAGCAAAAUUCGUGUCCUCUUCUCCAGCCCUCGUAUGGCCCUUUCUACAACUUUGAUGAUCUUCCUCUGGUGUUCUAUUGGGAUGGCCUAUCCGCUCUACAAUUCGUUUAUCCCUAUCUAUCUUGAGAACAAGGGCGUUACUUCAGGUGCCAAAUCCACUAACGAUGUGUACCGGAAUUAUGCCAUUCAGGCUGUCUGCGGUAUCCCAGCUUCGCUCCUUGGCAGUUUCACUGUCGACCUGAAGGGUAUUGGCCGAAAGGGUACUGGAACGAUCGCUUGCUUGUCAACUGGUGUCUUCCUGUUCCUGUUUACCCGCGCCACUACCCAGGCUGGUGUUCUAGGCUUUUCAUGCGCUAUUGCCUUCUUUCAGAAUCUGGUAUACGGACUCCUGUACUCUUACACUCCAGAACUCUUUCCUGCUCCAGUUCGUGGUACUGCCAAUGGCUUAGUAGCCCUGUUCAACCGCCUGAGUGGUCUCAUUGCUCCUAUCAUUGCGGCGUAUGUUGGCAUUGACAAUGACUACCCCGUCUGGGUUUCGGCAGCCUUGUUUAUUUUGGCUGGUCUAAUCUUUUUAGUCCUGCCCUAUGAGACCCGAGGUCGCGCUGCGGCUUAA